CCCGCCCUGGACUUGGAAAUGCUUUACCUGAUCGGCUUGGGCCUGGGCGAUGCCAAGGACAUCACAGUCAAGGGCCUGGAAGUGGUGAGGCGCUGCAGCCGCGUGUACCUGGAAGCCUACACCUCGGUCCUGACCGUGGGGAAGGAAGCCCUGGAAGAGUUCUACGGAAGGAAAUUGAUUCUCGCUGACAGAGAAGAAGUGGAGCAAGAAGCCGAUAAUAUUUUAAAGGAUGCUGAUGUCAGCGAUGUCGCAUUCCUUGUGGUUGGUGAUCCAUUUGGGGCCACGACACACAGCGAUCUGAUUCUGAGGGCCACCAGCCUGGGCAUCCCGUACCGCGUCAUCCACAACGCCUCCAUCCUCAACGCCGUGGGCUGCUGCGGUCUACAGCUGUAUAAGUUUGGAGAGACGGUGUCCAUUGUUUUCUGGACAGACACGUGGAGACCGGAGAGCUUCUUUGACAAAGUGAAGAAGAACAGACAGAACGGCAUGCACACGCUGUGCCUCCUGGACAUCAAAGUGAAGGAGCAGUCGAUGGAAAACCUAAUCAGGGGCAGGAAGAUCUACGAACCUCCUCGCUACAUGACCGUGAACCAGGCGGCCCAGCAGCUGCUGGAAGUGAUUCGGAACCAGCGAGCACGCGGAGAAGAGCCAGCGGUCACCGAGGAGACGCUGUGCGUGGGCCUGGCCAGGGUGGGCGCCGAAGACCAGCAGAUCGCUGCGGGCACGCUGCAGCAGAUGUGCUCCGUGGCGCUGGGGGGCCCGCUGCACUCCCUGGUCAUCACGGGGGGCAGCCUGCACCCGCUGGAGGUGGAGAUGCUGAGUCUGUUUCCCGUGCCCGAGGGGCCCCACACGUAGACGCCGUCGGUGUGGAGGCUCAUUUCUGUCCGGUGCCCCUGCCCUGUGUGCGCCAAGGGGAGCGGAUCCCGUUCACCCGGUAAGCGCCGCACAAGCCACCAAGCACGAGCGGACUCCACGCUCGGUUUCCUGUGCCCCGGGUUCUCCCUCGGCCAUCGUCAGCUGCUGCUGCUGCCCCGGCGGUUUUCCGGAUGUGGACACGUGGAGCAGACCAGGCGGGAAGCUGGAGGGUGGCACCGUCCGGAGCCCUGGAAGAGCAGCUUUUCGUCAUGAAGCCUGCACCAGGCGGGACCCUUCCUCCUUCCUGAAGUCAGCUGCCUGCCUGCAGCCGCGAGGCCCCUCCUGCAGCCUCGAGGUCCCUCCUGCAGCCGCGAGGCCCUGGCCGCCGUGGGUUGAGGGCUGCAAGCCGAGGUGGGGGCGUCCGUCACACUGACUCACAGCUCACCUGCCACAGAAGGACUUCCUCCUGAACCGCCGUGUCUUCCUAGCUGACGUCCUAGUUCGGAGCUCGGAUGUGGCUGUAUUUGGGGUUAUGUGAUUGUUAAUAGAAAUGUGCGGCCAGCCAUGUACAGCUGCUCUUUGGUUUUAAAUAGCAACUCACAGCCAAGCUGACAAGUGGGAAACUUGCUGACCACAGAAUAAAAGUUUUAAAA